UCCGUAUGGAGACGAUUUAUCUUAUUUUUACCAUUCUAUUUCAGCUGCAUCCUCGCAACUGCAGAGGAGGUUUUCAUAAAAGACUUAUCGAAGACCCAGUUAAAGGGGGACUAGAUGAUCUGUAUGAACUGAAAGUGUAUAAAAGAAAAUAUAAACAAAACGAUGCAAAUCAGGACUCGAAAUCGUCACAUAGAACGGGAGAAGAGAAACUGUUCAGUUCUAAGAGUCUACAAAAUGAGCAACCCAAUUAUGGUUUUCCAAUGUAUGAAGAUAAUGUAUUGAAUUUAUUUCCAUCAUUGAAAUCAAAGUAUAUAGAAGAUGAAAUAGAAGGAAUCCCUUAUUCUGAGCCAAACAUGGAAACCUAUGAGGACAUGAAAGAAGCAAACCAAUUGUUGAACGACUUGGGCACAGGACUCGGACAUGUUGCUGAUCCACCACCAUUGCAGUCAGAACCUCAUUUAAGAGCCGAAGUUGAACAGUAUCCAGCUUAUGAACUUUGGGGAGAUUAUAAUACGAAUUAUGACGUCAGUGACGAUACGAUAAAAGAUACAUAUUCGCCUUCACAGAGUGUUGAUUUAUAUUCAUUUAGAAGACGAAUGUAAGCAAAGUUAAUUUCUCAAAAAUGAAAGACUUUUAGGGACCCUUGACUCUAAAACAUGUUUACUAAAACACAAAACAGAAAUCAUCAGCUUGAUAUUUAAUCUGUUUAAGUAUCAGAAAAAAUAAUAAUUAUUUAAACAGCAUUUAAUAUGUUGCCAUGUACAAAUGAUAGUUGCCUUUGAAAAAUAUAAUUAAAGCCACUAUAAUUAUUGUAGUUGAUAAUGUUGAACACAUUCUGUGUGUCUGGAUGUUUAUUUUCUUGUUUGUUCUCUCGAAUUUUGAAUCUUGUCUAGAAUAUAUUAAUAAACAAAUAUAGAAAAAUGUCGGCAAGUAAAAUGAGUUCAUUGUUUUU